AUGGCCGAGGUUGCAUAUAAUAAUAGCUAUCAAGAAAAUGUCACUAUGGUAUCGCUUGAAGCCCUAUACGGGAGAAAAUGUCGAUUCCCUAUUCAUUGGAAUGAAGUGGGAGAAAGAAUCGUUCUUGGUCUUGAUGUAAUCCAAGAAGUUGAAGAAAAGGUACGCCUAGUCCGCCAGAGAUUGUUAACGGCCCAGUUGCGACAACAGAGUUAUACAAAUAAGCGCCGAAAGAACUUGGAAUUUGCGGUUGGCGAUCGAGUGUUAUUGAAAGUGUCGCCAAUGCGUGGGAUAAAGAGAUUUGGAGUUCGAGGAAAGCUUAGUCCUCGAUACAUUGGACCUUACGAGAUUCUAGAGCGCAUUGGAACAGUAGUCGACAGAUUGGCUCUACCGCAGAAGUUCGAAGGAAUACACAAUGUAUUUCAUGUUUCAAACCUUCGUAAAUAUGUGCAUCAUCCUGGACACGUUCUGGAAUUUGAACCAGUGGAGUUGCAGGAACAUAUAACUUAUGAAAAGUAUCCGGUAUGUAUUUUGGAUCAUGAGGUGAAAGAAUUGUGGAAUCACACCAUUCCCUAUGUGAAAGUACAAAGGAGUAAUCACUCAGGGCGAGAGGCAACUUGGGAAUUGGAAGAAGCUAUGUGCGAAUCCUAUCCUCAUCUAUUUGACCAGUAG